AUGGCGCAUCGCAUCAUCACCCAGGUCGUCGUCACCGGUUCCCGCGUCUUUGGCCGCGCCUUCGCCGAGGCCUGGAGACAGGCCGCCGCAUCGCAGAAGUAUGCCCAGGCCAACGCAAAGAACGGAAAUGGCAAGACGUUUGCCUCCUCCGGCCUGACCCUCGAGGAAGCCUGCAAGAUCCUCAACGUUGCGCCGCCCAAGGGCGGCAAGACCGACAUGGAGAACGUCAUGGACCGAUUCAAGAAGCUGUUCGACCUCAACGACCCCAAGCGUGGCGGCAGCUUCUACCUCCAAAGCAAGAUCCUACGCGCCCGCGAACGGAUAGAAAUGGAAGUGCGGACGGCCGAGCAGGCCGCGGAGCGAGAGGCGGAGCUGAAAGAAGGUUGGAACCCCAAGCUCUACAAGGAAAAAUAG